GACCGACCAUGCGAAUGACGUAACAAGGCGACCAUGCUGCACCGCAGGAUGCAUGCAAGUAGAAACUAAGAGGCUAAGUGCUGCUCGAAAAAGAAGAACUUAACUAUUUGUGAAACUCUAGCCUUCCACGGAUUAUUCAUAGAGUUUUAUUUGUAGACGCUAUGGCUGAGUGGGGAGAAUACUAUCAAAAUGAAGAUGAUCCAGAACAGGAGGAAGGAGAGGCACCCCAAGAGUGGAAGUACACUGGCAGGGACAGCUUGAUCUUUCUAGUGGAUGCUUCAGAGUCCAUGUUUCAGUGUAUGGAGGAGGAUGAGCAAAGCCCUUUUAAGAUGACCUUGCAGUGUAUACGCAGUGUCUACACCAGCAAGAUUAUCAGCAGCGAAUAUGACCUGUUGGCAUUAGUGUUUUAUGCAUCUAGAGAACAACAUGGCACUUUCAAGCAUGUCUAUGUCUUCCACAACUUGGACACCCCAGGUGCCCGUAGAGUCCUGGACUUGGACAACCUUCAGAAGAAGGGUCAGAAGGGUUUCGAUGAGUUGAUUGGCAGCAGUGCUCAGUUCUCUCUUGGGGAGGCACUGUGGACCUGUUCAAACCUCUUCAGUGAUGUAAAGCUGAGGCUCAGUCACAAGCGUGUCAUGCUUUUCACAAAUGAAGACAACCCGCAUGCAGGAAAUGGCGAAUUAGCCAGACAGGCUCGCACUAAGGCCAGUGACCUGCGGGAAACAGGUGUGGUCCUAGACCUGAUACACCUUAGAAAGCCUGGGGGCUUUGAUGUGUCCCUUUUUUUCAGGGACAUAGUAACUUCUGUUGAGGAUGAAGACUUGAAGCUGCAGAUAGAGCCCUCCUCAAAACUUGAUGAUCUGUUGAGGAGGGUCCGUGGUAAAGAAUUAAAAAAAAGAGCACAGGCUAGGUUGAAGCUGACCCUUGGAAGUGGUGUCUCCUUGGCGGUGGGGGUUUACAUAAUGGUACGCAGUGCCACUAAGCCAUCUCCUAUUCAGCUGUACCGUGAAACGAAUGAACCAAUCAGAACUAAAACGCGCUUGUUUAAUGGUGAGACUGGCAGCUUGCUGUUACCCAGUGAUACAAAGAAAGUGCAGGUAUAUGGAAAAAGGCAAAUUGUUUUGGAGAAGGAGGAGGUGGAAGAGUUGAAGAAGUUUGAUGAUGCAGGUCUUGUUCUGAUUGGAUUCAAGCCAUUAGACAAGCUGAAGAAGCACCAGCAUAUUCGACCUGCACAGUUCAUCUACCCUGAGGAAUCUCAGAUCACAGGAAGCUCAAAGCUGUUCACAGCUCUUCUAAUCAAGUGUCUAGAGAGGCAGGUGUUUGCUUUGUGUCGUUACACCCCACGUCGUAACACCCCGCCACGUUUUGUCGCUCUUGUUCCACAGUCGGAAGAGCUGGAUGAACAUAAGGUGCAGGUCACUCCCCCUGGGUUUCACCUGAUUUUCCUUCCUUAUGCUGAUGAUAUUCGCAAAUUGGAUUACCCAGAAAAGGUCGAAGCCAAUCAGGAUCAAGUGGAUGUAAUGAAGAAAAUUGUGCAAAAACUUCGCUUCUCUUACAGGAGUGAUGCUUUUGAAAAUCCAGUCAUCCAGAAACAUUUCAGGAACCUUGAAGCUCUUGCACUGGAUUUGAUGGAGCCCGAGCCUAUUGAGGACCACACUUUACCAAAGGUGGAAAUGAUAGACAAAAGACUGGGGUCACUUGUGGAUGAGUUCAAAGAGCAGGUGUACCCUCCAGACUACAAUCCAGAAGGCAAAGGGACACAACAGAAACGAAAAACUGAGGGGAGCGGUGCAACAGAGAAAAAGCAGCGCAUGGAAAUAUCGGAAGCAGAAUUACGAGCCCAUGUAACAAAAGGCACCUUGGGAAAGCUGACUGUUCCUGUCUUGAAAGACGCCUGCAGGCAACUGGGUAUCCGCUCGGGGACAAAGAAACAGGAACUCAUGGAUGCUCUGACUGCUUACUUCAACAAUUGAAAUACUUUAAAAAAGAUAAGUAGUUAAAUGGCGAUUGUUCUAGUUUACUGUGCUUGUUCAGCCGGUUCAGAAUUACAGGGCAUUGCUAAUUUACAUAAUCAUGUUAAAUCUUAGUUUGCAAUUCUUUUUUUAAGUGAACAACUAUGUUGCACUACAUUUUUCAAUAAAAGAAUUUUGCACCUGCAA